AAGCUGGACGAAGGCAUGUAUUGGGGUACUUGCAAGCUGCAGUGGCGCGAGGUGAAUGGAUAAGACAUCACUUUUGCCUGAUCCCAUUUCAACAUUUCCAGUGGAACUUGUGUCCCAAUAUUAUGAAGACAUAGUGCAACUUUCGAACAUCAACUAUAGAUAUAUAGUUGAACGUACUUGCGCAGUCCUCGCUUUACCAGAGAAAGAAACUUUCAAAUAUUCCGCCAUUUCAAACAAUGUUGUCGAUUGGACGAAGCACUCUUAGCUUACACUCGAUGCCGCCAGGUGCCCGCUCGCAACGUUCACCUGAAAGGAUACAGAGAAAAAAAUCGGCUGCUUCAUGCCGUUCCUGCACUUUUAAUAUUUUGCUCUGAACGUAUCUGAAUGCACUCAUGGCUUUUAGCAUGCGCUUAGCUCUUGCGCUAGCGCUUGUCUCAGCACUCGAAGCGAACGCAGCCGUGAACAAGGCGAAGCCGAAUAAUGGCGCAAAGCUUUGCAAGGAAGAACCCGACAUCAUUGUUGAAAGAAACCUAGCUCUGACGGGCUACCACAGGGAGCUGCAAACCGUCAUUCACACGCGAAAUCGACUAAAAGUCAAGGGUCGGCCCCCUACACUGCUGCUCUUGGAAACGGUACCGUCGGGCGCCUAUGUUGAUGCCCACCAACUGCGGCUUCUCGACGACAGCGAUGCCACGUUUGGACUGCGCGGCAAGGUGGAUGUGGAAGAAAUGGCACAUCAGGCCAGCGGGCACAGCGUCUUCACCUUUCUGCCAUUGAACGAGACCUCCGCGCUGGCGGCACUGCCUAUCCACCUGCGGUACCACAAGGCACAGAAUUGUCUCGCUGAUGGGCCCUUUGCCAAAGUGACACUCCACCCACCGUCCAUCUACUUUAGGCAUCCCGACCUAGACUUCCCUGACACGUGUGAAGAUCUUCAUCACCUCCCCUGUGAAGCAGCCAACAUGGAGCGUACAUGCUUGUGGAAGCAACUGAAAGUUGCUAAUUUGAACGACCUAUCAGCAGAAGUGCCCGUCGGAUGUCUGGAGGAUGGCUUCUUGGUCUCGACCACUACGCUCGUCACAUACAGCCUUUGUUCCAUAGCCAUCGCAUACUAUGUGUUCAUGCACGGCAAGAAGCCACGUUCCGACUAACGUCUCCAGCACCAAGUGUUGCAUUUGUCACCGUAAAAGUGACAUUUUGUUUUUCCCUAGUCACAAUUCCGCUGCGGCAAUUUUUUUGAAACACUGCUGUACCCGGUACUCUUCCAUUUUA